CGGGUGGGAGGGAGGGCAUCCAAUCGAAACACUCUAUCUUACUGUCUUCCCCUUUUGUUUACCUCCCCCUUCCCAUGUCUCUAUUUCUCUGGCUCCACGGCUGUGCGGAUAUUGAGGGGACAGGACGUACAAGGACUCCAGCAUGAGUUCUGAAGAGGUGAUGGACACCAAGGCAGUAUUCACUGCCUUGUAUGAUGUGUGUGAAGAAAAUGCCAACUUCUUCUCUGGGGCCACAAAGGGCCAACCCGGGGACGCAGCCCAGCGCCUUGUGGAUGCCAUGACCACCAUCCAGGAGCACGCCCGGACUCUGGAGCCUGUCAUCUCUGGAUUUGCUGCCAUCUACCACCAUUUUGACUUUGACCCUCAUAUUCCAGCCAAUGGAUAUCGCUCCCUUGUUAAGGUGGUGCGCUGUUGCCUCCUCCACAUCAUCCACAAAGGGCGCUAUAUCACAUCAAACAGGCGGAGCAUCUUUUUCCGUGCGAGCCAUAAUGCAGCAGAGAUGGAGGCGUACUGUAGUGCUCUGUGUCAGCUCAAGGCGCUGCUCUAUCUAGCUCAGAGACUGCUUCAUGACAACAGCCACGGCAACCUUUUCUUCCAGGAGGAAAGUGGCCUCAGUCAGAGCUUCCUGAGAGAGUAUGCCUCCAUGCACAAGGGCUGCUUCUAUGGCCGCUGUGUUGGAUUUCAGUUUACUCCUGCCAUCCGUCCAUGCCUGCAGUCAAUUGCUAUUAGCCUGGUUGCCUUCGGAGACAACUACAAGAAGCAUCAGUCAGGGAUAGGUGUAGCAGCAAGUUCUUUCCUGACGUCUGGGAAGUAUGCCAUCGACCCUGAACUGAGAGGUCAGGAGUAUGAACGCAUCACUCAGAACCUGGAUGUUCAUUUCUGGAAGGCAUUCUGGAACAUAACGGAGACUGAAGUUCUAUCAAGUCUGGUGUCUAUGACGGCCACACAAGUGAAGGUGAAUCGAGCUCUUUCUGUUCCCUCCCUGCCCUUUGACCUGCCAUUUGCAGCAGAUCCCACCCACAUGGUGACUGUGUCUCCUCCUGCAGCUCACAUUGGCCGGGGGCCUGUGCAGAUGAGAUUGAUCUCAUAUGAGCUGAGAGAAGGACAGGACAGUGAGAAAUUAUUAGCACUGUGUCGCUCAGAGGGGGGCCAGAUAUCUCUUUCGUUGGGCCUGAAGACGAAGCGCAGUCCUCCUUCCCCAUGGCUGGUGUUGCACUUCCACGGAGGAGGCUUUGUGGCACAGACUUCCAAAUCACAUGAGCCGUAUCUGAGGAGCUGGUCCCAAGACCUGAAUGCCCCCAUCCUUUCAGUGGACUAUUCUCUGGCCCCUGAGGCCCCGUUUCCUCGGGCUUUGGAGGAAUGUUUCUAUGCCUACUGCUGGGCCAUCAAGAACCACAACCUGCUAGGUUGGACCGGUGAGCGUGUGUGUUUGGCCGGUGACAGUGCAGGAGGAAACCUGUGUGUGACCGUGUCAAUGCGGGCCGCUGCUCACGGUGUGCGCAUGCCAGAUGGCAUCGUCGCCGCAUACCCUGCCACCCUGCUCACCGUGUACGCCUCGCCAUCCCGCCUGCUCACCCUCAUGGACCCUCUAUUGCCCCUCAGUGUGCUCGCACGCUGCCUCAGCGCUUACGCAGGCACAGAUCCACAUGUGGAGAAGCAGGUGGAGAAGGUGAGCACUUUCAGCAUGGUGAGGAGAGAUACUGCACUGCUGCUACGAGACUUCAAACAGGGGGCCUCCAACUGGAUCCAUUCACUGCUGGACAGAGGGGGUGCAGACUCUGUAAGAAAGAGUGUUUCAGAAGCGUCUCUGACCUCUCCUCAUACAGACCCUCCGGUGUCUGGUAAGGCGUCUGAAUACUCUCUAGAGAAAGGGUCUCUGAAGAGCCAGACAUGCCAGGACUUGGGCACACACACUAACAGCGGUGCCAGCAACGUACAGAAAAAUGCCAGCCAGACUGCCAACCACCUUAGCACCACCACAGUCAACCACAACUCCAUCCUUGACAUCACACUGACACCCGAGAGCAAGCCCGAGGAUGUGAGUUUCUUCCUCUGCAAAGAAGUAGAUCCCUCAGUAUCAGAAUCCUUUUCAUCUGUGGCCAUUCCGCCCCCUGGUGGUGAGGAGGACUCUGAGAAACCCCAGGAGUUUCCAGAGGGCUUUGAGCCUCUACGGUCAGAGCAAUUAGCAGAGAUGAACAUGCAGAGUUCUCCCAUUGCCAGAAACCCCUACAUGUCCCCCCUUCUGGCUCCAGACAGCAUGCUAAAGGGACUACCUCCCAUACACAUAGUGGCCUGUCAUCUGGACCCCAUGCUAGACGACUCUGUGAUGUUUGCCAAAAGGCUGCGAAAUGUCGGUCAGCCAGUGACCCUGUGUGUCGUGGAUGACCUUCCUCAUGGCUUCCUUAGUCUGUCACAGCUCUCGAGGGAGACUCGGGAAGCCGCUAACGUAUGCAUGGAGCGAAUCAGGGAUGUCUUUACCAUGAAAGACCCUCCCCCAGAGAUGCGCAAGCACCGCAAACUGGAACGGACCAACCAGGAGCCCUUUGCUACCAAAAGAGACCACACUCCGCUUUUGCAAGUGACCGUGCAGAAGGAGGAGGGGUUAUUUGUUGGAGGAGGGGCUCCCUUUGUGGAUGAGGAGGGGCUUGCUGGUUUUUACCCUCCCACUAAAUCUGAAGCUGAAAAGAUUCUAGCUUAGAUUUUGGCCUGGUUCCAUUCUGAAUGAUACCAAAAGAGAUACAUAUGGGUUAGAGUAAGGUCAUAUUAUGUGAAUAACACAGUGAUUAUAGUGGAUAAGAUUAUAGAGAGAAAAAAUAAAGGAAUUAACCAACUAUUAAAUUUAAACUUAUGAAAGACAUUAUUAAGUAUUUAGUUUAAAGUUCAAAUUAGAACACCUCAAGCUUUAUUACUCAAAUGUGGUUGCGUACCCAUGCACUCCCUUUACAUCUGUUUACCACCUUGCCUUUUGUUGCAUUAUACCAGCACAAAGACUAAUAUCCUGCCUUGUACAGAAACAUCCCAGCACAUAACUGUCAUUGAAAGACAUUACAAAUGGAUGUAUAAACCCAAACCUCAAUCGUUAUAGCACUAACUGUUCUUAUGUGUUAAUGAAAUCGGUCUACAAACUGUGAUUUAAUAUUAUACCUUUGUGCUACAAUAUAGAAUGCAUUGCUGCUAGGCACACUGGGGUUAACUGACAAAAGCAUAUAUUAAUGGUUGAAUUUUUUCUUUAUAGUAGCUUUUGAAUUAUUUAUGACACCAAAUUAUAAUAUGGUGUUACUGUGUAUGUUAAUCACCCUUUAUUAAUCUACCUGCCUCUUGGCUCCUAGAGGAUGUCCUGUGUGGGUAGCAGUUGAAUGGGAUUGCUGAUGCUGCUUUGUCCUCAUAGAGUUCAAUGAUUAUUAAAUGCAAUUAAUCAUGAUCAAAUUUCCACAAGUGUUCUGUGGAAGGAAAGAUCAAGUUACACAAAACACGACACAGAAUUUGUGAUAUAGUGUUACUUGUGUUGUGUGGUGUCCUGUCUUGUUAUACUCAAGAUAGUUUAUAAGUUAAAUAGUUUAUUUUGUCUUGUUAUCUUCAUAAUGACUUAGAGAAUUGUGUUUAUUGUAUGUAAAUGUUUACUUAAAAUUGCUAGUUCACCCAAAAA